UCACAACCAUCAAUAAUACAAGUAACCAAUCCAAUAUGGAACAUCAUAAACACAAUCCAAUUUCACCACCAACACCAAAAACUUAUAAAGUAACAGCCACUUCCAUCUCCUACACAAAAACUACCACAAACACUUCCACUACUACUUCCUUCACACCAAGCUUCCUCUUUAAAGAUUGCACCACCACCCCACCAACCUACAUUCUCCAAGACAUCUCCCUAACCGCCUUCCCUUCCCAAAUACUAGCCAUUGUCGGUCCGAGCGGGGCCGGAAAAUCCACCCUCCUAGACAUCCUAGCUGCUAGAACCUCCCCUACUUCCGGCACCCUCCUCCUUAACUCCCACCCUAUUUCUCCUUCGUCCUAUAGAAAACUCUCCGCCUACGUCCCACAACAUGAUGCUUGUCUUUCUCUCCUCACUGUCUCCGAAACCUUUGCCUUCACUGCCCGCCUACUCCACCCCAAGUUUUCCUCCAAAGAGAUCUCCGAUGUUGUCUCCACCCUCCUAGGGGAACUUCGUCUAGGACAUUUAUCCAAUACUUGGUGUGAAAAGAGUUUAUCAGGAGGUGAAAAAAGAAGGGUUUCUAUAGGACUUAGUCUAUUACAUGAUCCUGGAAUUCUUCUCCUUGAUGAACCUACUUCAGGCCUUGAUAGUGCUUCUGCUUUCAAUGUCAUGCAAACCCUAAAAUUUAUCGCACUUUCGAGGCAUCGAACAGUUGUUGUUUCUAUCCAUCAACCUAGUUUUAAGAUCCUUUCAACCAUUGAUCAAAUUCUUUUGUUAUCUAAAGGAAGAGUUUUACAUCAUGGGAGUUUAUCUUCUUUACAAAAUCACUUGAAUUUUAAUGGUUUUACUGUUCCUCCUCAGCUUAAUGCCCUAGAAUAUGCUAUGGAAAUACUAAAUCAACUUCCUGUUCCUCCAUCUCCUACUCACAAUUUAAGUGAUCAUCAUAAUGCAAAUGAUCAUAAAAGAGAGAAGAUCAAGUAUAAGAGUUCAAGAUUGCAUGAAAUUCUUAUACUUUCCAGAAGAUUUUGGAAGAUUAUUUACAGAACAAAACAGCUUCUUUUGACAAAUACUUUGGAAGCAUUAAUUGUUGGUCUUGUUUUAGGAACUAUUUACAUUAAUAUAGGGUAUAAUAAAGAAGGGAUUCAAAAAAGAUUAGGGCUUUUUGCAUUUACUCUUACAUUUCUCCUCUCUUCUACAACAGAAACCCUACCAAUUUUCAUUAAUGAGAGACCAAUCUUAUUAAGAGAAACUUCAAGUGGAGUUUAUAGAGUAUCUUCUUAUCUUUUAGCUAAUACCCUUGUUUUCCUCCCUUAUUUGCUUGCCAUUUCAAUAAUCUACUCUUUUUCAGUGUACUUUCUUGUAGGACUUUGUGCUACAUGGCUGUCUUUUGGGUAUUUCGUCCUCGUAAUUUGGAUCAUUGUACUCAUGGCUAACUCCUUUGUCCUAUUCCUUAGCUCGAUUGCCCCCACAUACAUCGCCGGGACGUCGUUGGUAACCGUGCUUCUCGCCGGGUGUUUCCUCUUCUCAGGGUACUUUAUUGGUAAGGAAAGUAUGCCAAAGUAUUGGGUAUACAUGCAUUACUUGUCCAUGUAUAAGUAUGCCCUAGAUGCUUUGCUUAUAAAUGAGUACUCUUGCCUUGUGAGUAAGUGUUUGGUGUGGUAUGAAGGGACUAAGAGUUGUAUGGUGACAGGACAUGAUGUUUUGGAAAAGAGAGGGUUACAUGAAGAUCAAAGAUGGAUUAAUGUUUAUGUUUUAGUUGGGUUUUUUGUUGUCUAUAGAGUACUUUGUUUGUUGGUGUUGAUUAGGAGAGUUUCAAGGUCUAAAAAAUAAUAAUGUUGAUGGUCAAUUUUUAUGUUUGUUCCAAUCAUAACAAAUAAUAUUCCAAUGCUCUAUGAUUUGGUGAA